UGCUUCCACUCACUCACAUUUUUGUCCCAACGCAAUCAUUCAAAGAACCGGACAACCACCCACCGCCCCUCCCUUUCUCUCUCUCUCUACCCUUUCUCUGCUCUUUUCCAUGAUUUCACUGUGCCUGCUAAUAUCUACACAGUAACACUCUCUCUCUCUCUCUCUCUCUCUCUCUUUUACGUGUAUUAAAUAAAAAGCUCUUCCCCUCCCUUCAAAACAACAGGGGAGUGAAUAUAUAGUGAGAUUUGAGAGGCUCGUUGGCUUAGCAAAAUGGGUAUUAUGUCUACCUCUGUUAUGCUUCUUUUCCUUCUGGGUCUCUGCCAUUUAUCCACGGCAGCGGCGGUGGACAAAAACAACGUCGCGAAGCCAAAAACGACUGCAAGCACCACUUACAUCGUUCACAUGGCCAAAUCCGAAAUGCCGGCGAGCUUCGAGCACCACACUCACUGGUACGACUCGUCGCUCAAAACAGUUUCCGACUCGGCCGAAAUGAUGUAUAUUUACAGCAAUGCGAUCCACGGCUUCUCCACCAAGCUCACCCCCGAACAAGCUGAGUCACUCCAAUCCCAACCUGGAGUGCUCUCCGUGCUUCCCGAGUUGAAAUACGAGCUCCACACCACUCGGACCCCGGAAUUCCUCGGACUUGGCCAAACCACCGAGACGAUCCCCCAGUCCAACUCGGAGAGCGACGUCAUCAUCGGAGUGUUAGACACCGGCGUCUGGCCCGAAAGCAAGAGCUUCGAAGACACCGGACUCGGACCCGUACCCGGAUCUUGGAAAGGCGCGUGUGAAUCGGGUACCAACUUCAAUUCUUCAAACUGCAAUCGGAAACUAAUCGGCGCCAGGUACUUCGCCAAAGGCUACGAGGCCACGCUGGGCCCGAUCGAGACCUCCAAGGAAUCGAAAUCCCCACGCGACGACGAUGGCCACGGCACCCACACCGCGUCAACCGCCGCAGGGUCGGUGGUCUCCGGCGCGAGCCUCUUCGGCUAUGCCCUAGGAACCGCACGCGGGAUGGCCCCUCGCGCCCGAAUCGCCGCGUACAAGGUGUGCUGGGUCGGCGGCUGUUUCAGCUCCGACAUCGUGGCGGCAAUCGACCAGGCCAUUGCGGACAACGUGAAUGUUCUCUCGAUGUCGCUCGGCGGCGGAAUGUCGGACUAUUUCCGCGACAGCGUGGCAAUCGGAGCUUUCUCGGCCAUGGAGAAGGGAAUUUUAAUCUCGUGCUCUGCCGGAAAUGCUGGUCCCAGUGCCUACAGCUUGUCGAACUCGGCUCCAUGGAUCACGACAGUUGGAGCAGGCACACUGGAUCGGGACUUCCCGGCUUUCGUCAGCCUGGGCAACGGAAAAAACUUCUCGGGCGUUUCGCUCUACCGCGGUAACUCCAACGCAGCUCUAACCACCUUGACGCCGUUUGUUUACGCCGGUAACGCGAGCAACGCAACUUCAGGAAAUCUAUGCAUGAUGGGAACUUUAAUUCCAGAACAAGUGAAGGGGAAAAUAGUGAUGUGCGACCGUGGAGUCAACGCAAGAGUCCAAAAAGGAGCGGUGGUCAAGGCGGCCGGAGGAGUGGGCAUGAUAUUAGCCAACACCGCCGCCAACGGCGAGGAGCUGGUGGCCGCCACGAUACUGUUCGAGGGGACAAAAGUAGGGGUCCAGCCUUCACCCGUGGUUGCGGCAUUUAGUUCUCGGGGCCCGAAUUCAGUCACUCCGAAUAUACUGAAACCCGAUAUUGUUGCUCCAGGUGUCAACAUCCUAGCUGGGUGGUCCGGGGCUAUAGGCCCCACGGGACUGGCGAUCGAUGCGAGACGCGUGGCGUUCAAUAUUAUCUCGGGGACGUCAAUGUCUUGUCCGCACGUGAGCGGGUUAGCGGCGCUGCUGAAGGGGGCCCACCCGGAGUGGAGCCCGGCGGUGAUUCGAUCGGCGCUUAUGACUACCGCGUAUACAGCGUACAAGAACGGGCAGAAGUUGCAGGACGUGGCGACCGGAAAGCCGUCCACGCCGUUCGAUCACGGCGCUGGGCACGUAGACCCUAUAUCGGCCCUCAAUCCAGGGCUGGUCUAUGAUCUAACGGUGGACGAUUAUCUAAGCUUCCUCUGCGCGUUGAAUUACUCGGCGUCCGAGAUUAACAGUUUGGCGAAGAGAUCGUACACGUGCGACGAGAAAAAGAAGUACAGCGUGAGGGAUCUGAAUUACCCUUCGUUUGCCGUGAACUUCGAGAGCAGAUAUGGAGGCGGGACGACGUCGUCUAACGUGGUGAAGUUCACGAGGACGCUGACGAAUGUGGGGCCGCCGGGAACGUACAAGGCCAGUGUGACGUCGGAGAGGCAGUUGGUGAAGAUAUCGGUAGAGCCCGAAACGCUGAGUUUUAGUCAGGCGAAUGAGAAGAAAGUGUAUACGGUGACGUUUAGUGCGGUGGGUUCGGUGCCGGCGAGUGCAGUGAAUAGCUUCGGGAGGGUGGAGUGGUCGGACGGGAAGCACAUCGUAGGAAGCCCAGUAGCAAUAAGCUGGAAUUAGGGAACAAAUUAAAUUAUAGAGGAAGAGGCAAAUUAAAUUAUAAUGGGUUGAUUUCUUAAGUCAAAGAGUGUUAAGGAAUCAAGAAAUGUUGUAAGAUUAUGCGGUGGUGAUUAUGUUAAUUUCAAGCUGACAAUGGAGGUAAGAAUUUGAGAAUGAAAGACAAUUUGGGAAACCAAAUGGAAUUUUCUGUA